AUGUGCACGGCUGUCCGCCACGGCCGCCGCAUGCCCUGGGUGGUCACCAACAUCUCCCUACCCGAUGCUGGCAUCCAUGGCCAGCUUGGUGAGCUCGACUUCUCAGCUCUUCCAUUCCUCACAUAUAUUGAUCUACGGAACAACACUCUCCGUGGUGCACUACCCCCUAGUAUCAACUCCCUGCCAGCACUUUCGGUACUUAACCUUACCUACAACCAGCUCACAGGGAAAAUUCCUAGUGAGAUUGGUGACCUGCAAAGUCUCAAACUGCUUGAUCUCUCAUUCAACGGAUUCACGGGACAUAUCCCAGCAUCUUUGGGCAACCUCACAAUGUUAACUGAUCUUUUCAUUCACCAAACCAUGGUAUCAGGUCCUAUUCCCAAGGAGAUUGGAAGGCUUGUCAACCUACAAACUCUACAACUAAGCAACAACACCUUAAGCGGCAUGAUACCGAAAUCCCUUGGAAAUCUGACCCAUCUAAAUAUUUUGUACCUAUUUGGAAAUCAACUUUCAGGGCCUAUACCCCAAGAACUAGAUAGGCUAGUCCAUUUGCAAAGUCUUGCACUUCAUUCAAAUGAUUUGUCAGGUCCAAUUCCAAUCACCAUAACCAAUCUCACUAAGAUGGACACACUUUUUCUCUAUACAAAUCAAAUCACAGGCCCAAUACCUUUAGAAUUGGGCAUCUUGCUGAACCUCCAGUUUUUAGACUUGUCCAACAACCAAAUAUCUGGCUCUAUUCCUGACAGCAUAGGAAACAUAACCAAGCUAGUAGUACUCCAACUAAAUGAAAAUCAGAUAACUGGCUCCAUCCCUCAAGAGAUUGGCAAUCUGAUAAACCUCGAGAUCCUGAACUUAUCAUCGAACCAGUUAUCGGGAUCCAUACCCACACGCAUAGAAAAGCUAAGCAGUCUAGGAUACCUUGAUAUAUCCAGGAACAGAUUGAGUGGAUUAAUACCUGAGGAACUAGGGGGCUGCAUGAAACUACAGUCUUUAAAGAUCAACAACAACAACUUUAGUGGGAGCCUGCCUGGCGCAAUUGGAAAUUUAGCAGGUCUGCAGAUCAUGUUAGAUGUGAGCAACAAUAACCUCAGUGGUGUAUUGCCGCAGCAACUUGGGAAGUUGCAGAUGCUAGAAUUUCUGAAUUUAUCACAUAAUCAGUUCAGUGGCAGCAUUCCAUCCUCGUUUGCAAGCAUGGUGAGCCUUUCAGCACUCGAUGUGUCCUACAACAACUUGGAAGGACUAGUCCCAACAGUACGGCUACUCCAAAAUGCUUCCGCAAGUUGGUUUCUUCCCAAUAAAGGUCUGUGUGGUAACUUCUCUGGCCUGCCACCAUGUUAUUCAACCCCAGCAACUGCUCAUAAAAAGGGAAAGAUACUUGGUUUGCUUUUGCCAAUUGUUCUUGUGAUGGGUUUCAGCAUUGUUGCUGCAAUUGUUGUCAUAAUAAUACUUACUCAUAAGAAGAGAAAACCACAAGAAAGUGCUAACGCUGAAGCAAGGGACCUAUUCUCUGUUUGGAAUUUUGAUGGAAGAUUAGCAUUUGACAAUAUUGUAAGGGCAACAGAAGACUUUGAUGAUAAGUACAUCAUUGGAACAGGAGGAUACGGCAAAGUCUACAAGGCACAACUCCAAGACGGGCAGAUGGUUGCUGUGAAGAAGCUUCAUCAGAUCGAAGAAGAGUUGGAUGAUGAAAGAAGAUUUCGUAGUGAAAUGGAAAUUUUAACACAGAUCCGACAACGAAGCAUUGUCAAAAUGUAUGGAUUCUGCUCCCAUCCAGCGUAUAAAUUUCUCGUCUACGACUACAUUCAGCAGGGAAGCCUCCACAGGACAUUGGAAAAUGAGGAGCUAGCAAAGGAAUUGGAUUGGCAAAAGAGAAUUGCUCUUGCAAUUGAUGUGGCUCAAGCAAUAUCUUAUUUGCACCACGAAUGCAGUCCACCAAUAAUCCAUCGAGAUAUCACAAGCAACAACAUCUUACUUGAUACAUCCUUCAAGGGUUUUGUCUCGGAUUUCGGCACGGCAAGGAUUCUUAAGCCCGAUUCAUCAAACUGGAGUGCACUAGCAGGAACGUACGGCUACAUAGCUCCUGAACUGUCAUACACAUCCGUUGCGACAGAGAAAUGUGAUGUUUAUAGCUUUGGGGUGGUUGUGUUAGAGCUAGUGAUGGGCAAGUAUCCAAGGGAUUUAUUAGAUGGUAGUCUUUCUAACGGCGAACAAGCAAUGAUGGUGAAAGAUAUUCUGGACAAACAGCCGACAACACCAAUAUCAACUGAAGAGAAUAGCUUAGCUCUGCUCAUCAAGCUGGCCUUAUCUUGUUUGGAAUCUUCUCCCCAAGCAAGGCCCACCAUGCGGGAGGCAUACCAAACACUCAUCCAACGACCAUCUUCUAGUUCAACUACCGUGCCCUUCAGCGCACUUACAUUACAACAAGGGAUGCAUGUUGACAUAAGGUCUCAAUCCUAGUGAGAAACCAGGGUCUACUGAAGCAGAGGCCGAUUCAGAUUUCUGUUUUUUUACUCAAGUCACUCAUACACCACCUAUAUAUACCUCUUGUAUGCCAUAUGACAUGACAUGCCACACAGGAUGAGUUGACGACUAAUUGUAAGUCUAUAUAUUUGUAGCCUAUCCGGAUACAACAAAGAUCACCGUUGUGUGCCCGUGGUUUUUCCCGCAAGGAUUUUCCAUGUAAAAAUGUGUGUCUUGUCCUGUGUUAUUGAUAUUUCUCUGUUUGUUCGCUUGCUGAUUUCUUACAAUGCAUAAAUAAAAUUUGGUUUGCAGGUUGCUUAUAUUUGUUAAAGACUAUACUUUAGACAUAGUAUCCACAUGUGACACUUUCUUUUGGUUGUUGUCUGCAGGGUACUUGAAAUGUGUCCUAAUAUUUGUCUCUUUUUAUCUAGUAUUGCUCCCACGGAUCUAAAGACUGAAAAAAAGGAAUCCAAAACUGGCAUUUACUAAUUAUUUUGAGCUAUAAGACCCUAAA